AGAGAUAUUUGGGUAUAUAAUAAUACUAGUAAUAAUAGAAUUUUGCUUGCUUUUUUACAUGCAUUAUAUCCGUAGGAUUUUUUAAAGCAGAAUAAGUUAAGAACUUGUUUGUGCGUUUUCUCCACGUUUAUCCACUUGUCUAAGGUUUUUUACAUUUUUUUGUAUUUCUUCAUUUUCUUGGUCACUCUCAGGUGUUCUUGGAAUUGUGAUGUUUCUGUAUUCACAUGGAUUUUAUUUACUUUUGUCUUUUUAUGUUAAUAAAAAUUGAAGAUCUCUCACGUGGCGUUUUGUUAAUUUUUGUUGCUUUACGUCGGCUAUACCCUAUGCCUAAAGCUAAAAGCAUAGUCUUUUGAUUGCCUCUUUGGUUUUUGGUUAAAUGAUGUUAAAGAUUAAAUCUUGAAAAGAUUGAUUAGAUGCUCAUAAAGUAACCGUUUUUGGAAGGCUGACUGAAAAAGAUGCCAUUUUAGAAAUGAUUUGUACUGAGGAUGAUCAAUUAUUGGGUUGGAAAGAUUUUCCAAAGGGGCUUAAAGUCCUACUUCUUGAUGAAGACUGCAAUUCUGCUUCAGAGAUGAGAUCAAGGCUUGAAAAAUUGGAUUACAUAGUUUACUCAUUCUGCAAUGAGAAUGAAGCUUUGUCUGCAAUCUCAAACAAAUCUGAGGACUUUCAUGUUGCCAUCGUGGAGGUAACUGCAGGCAACAGUGAUGGAGUUCUCCAAUUUCUUGAGAGUGCCAAAGAUCUGCCAACAAUAAUGACAUCAAAUAUUCAUUCCCUUAGCACAAUGAUGAAGUGUAUAGCGCUUGGUGCAGUCGAGUUUCUUCAGAAAUCAUUAUCAGAUGAUAAACUCAAAAAUAUCUGGCAACAUGUAGUUCGCAAGGCAUCCAAUGCUGGAGAAAAAGAUGUGCCCGAAUCGCUUAAACCAGUAAAAGAAUCUCUUGUUUCCGUGCCACAGCUACAACCAGUAAAGAGUGCAGCAGGUGACAAAAGUUCAAACGAAACGGAACCUUUUACCACAGUACCAGGCAACAAUAAUGAACACUCAUCAGGCUGUGAUAAAUACCCUGCUCCGUCAACCCCACAAUUGAAACACGGAGUGAGGUCAGUGGACGAUGGAGAUUGCCAAGAGCAUACCAUCUUUUCAACUGAACAAGAUAGUGGGGAGCAUGAUGGGGACGCUAAAUCCGUCGAAACUACUUUUAACAAUACAGUUGCUGAGAGUACUGUCCAAACAAGUCCUCGCGAGCAACAAGGACAGACUAUUGUGAAAGAGGAGAAUGGUUCAUCUCCUCAUCAAAAGAUGGAGGCUGAUAUUGCUACCUCUUCACCAAGUAACAACUGCCCUGACAAUCGCACUAGUCAUUCUGCUGAACCUAGUAAAGCAUCUGCUCCCCAUAGUUCAAGUGGGACUAAAACCAAUAAGAAGAAGAUGAAGGUAGAUUGGUCACCUGAACUACACAAGAAGUUUGUUCAAGCAGUAGAGCAACUUGGUAUUGAUCAAGCCAUUCCUUCUCGAAUACUAGAGCUGAUGAAAGUGGAGGGUAUAACGAGACAUAACGUAGCUAGCCAUCUCCAGAAAUACAGAAUGCAUCGGAGGCAAAUUUUGCCAAAGGAAGUCGAAAGGAAAUGGCCUCAUCCACAACCUAGAGAUUCAGUACAAAGGGGCUGCUAUCCUCAUCAUACACCUAUCAUGACCUUCCCACCAUAUCACUGUAAUCAUGUUCCCGCGGCUGGUCAAUUAUAUCCUGCUUGGGUACCACCAGCAAGUUAUCCUAAUGGUUUACAAGUGUGGGGUUCACCUUACUAUCCGGCAUGGCAGCCUGCAGAUUCUUGGCACUGGAAUCCUCAUCCAGGGAAUUUUGAGCUCGAAGAAUACGAAGCUGAAAACUCAUGUUUUGUAAUAAUGCAGCUGCAUGCUGAUACAUGGGGCUCCCCUGUCAUGCCACCAUCAUUAGGAUCAUAUCCACCAUAUCCUCAGAAUGGUGGAGUUUACCGGCCUAACGGAAUGCAGAAUAGAUAUAGCAUGCUAGAGAAGUCAUUUGAUCUUCACCCGGCUGAGGAGGUUAUUGAUAAAGUAGUAAAGGAGGCAAUAACCAAACCAUGGUUGCCUCUUCCUUUGGGCCUAAAACGUCCUUCCACGGAGAGUGUUCUUCGCGAGCUUUCAAGACAGGGGAUCUCAACCGUCCCACCACAAAUCAAUGGCUCUCGCGGUCGGAGCUGAUGUGGCAAUCAUUUUACUUUACUCUGGGUCCCACAGGUCCAUCCCAAAUUUUUCGCCAACAACUUUGAUUGGCCCACGCAACCAUAAGAGAACCCAGUGCCCUGACCCGACCCGACCCUGACAAGACAGAGGGUUCUGAUUUCUGAAGUAUGAAUAAAUGAAUGGCAGAGAAUGAGCCACGUGUAUGGUCUUAAUUUAAAGGCCAAAAUGGGGCUGUUGUAAAUAUUGGUUUCCCCCUUUUUGUAGCCCAAUUUUGGACGUUUGGGCUGUUGAGUGUGCUCUGUGAAUUGUUUUUGAGAAUAAUGGAUUGGGUCAUUUUGGGGAUGUAUGAGUGAAUGUGGGGCUAUAUUCGUACUUGUCAACAAUAAUUGACCCAAUGCAAACAAUUGAAGCUUACAACAAUCUACAGUGAUGGAAUGAGAGUAUGAAACAUUAACCAUAUGAUAUAUGUGUUCUGUUUGUUUGUUGGGACAUUUUAGCAGAGACGGAUCCAAAAUUUAAAUUUUAUGGGUUCAAGUUAAGUUCAUAUC